CUUGGAACUUAAUUCCCGUCCAAUUCUUCUUGUGCCAUCUCAAUCGCCUUGUCUCACACAUUUAUCAUUCUUAACAACAUUAUUCUUGAAUAAACAUAGCCAAAAUGGGCGUCAUCGGACUCACAGCCUCUGGCCUGGUCGGCGCUUUACACAGCUACAUCCUUGUUCUGGAGAUGUUUCUCUGGACGAAGCCUCGUGGAAGAAAGGCUUUCAGACUCACACCCGAAUUCGCUGAGCAGACCAAGACAAUGGCUGCCAACCAGGGUCUCUACAACGGCUUUUUAUCUGCUGGAUUGAUCUGGUCCCUUCUUCACCCGAACCCUGAGUUCUCGAAGCAGCUUCAGAUCUUCUUCAACGGCUGUGUCCUAGUUGCGGGUGCAUAUGGUGGUCUCACGGCCAACAAGAAGAUUCUCUACAUCCAGGCCGCUCCCGCGGCUCUUUCUCUUGGACUCGUUCUGUUGGAUAUGUAGAGUGUUAUUGUGAAAGUAUGGAUUGGGUUCCCUAGGCUUUGGUAACAUUUGGCCGCUAACAUGCUGGAUAGUAAGAUUUAUAUACAGUUUAUCGAGCUUGAUGUGUUUAUUUAUCCAGUUUCUU